AUGAGUAAUAAAAGGAGAGGAGAGGGGGGUCCUUAUACCCUCCACAGCAGCAGCAGCAGCAGCAGCAGCAGCAGCAGCAGGGAGUACCGUACGCCGUCUCUAGGGUUUAUAGAUGUUGCAUACGCUGACUCGAGGUCUGCUGCUGCUGAUCCUGCAGCAGCAACUGCAGCAGCAGCAGGGGCAGCAGCAGGAGCUGCUGCAGCAGCAGCAGCAGCAGCAGGAGACGACAGCAGCUUCGAUGUUGAUGGCUUCGCGCUGCAGCAGCAAACUGCUGCUCCUCUUUCUUCUUUUUCUUUAGAUCCUUUUGCUCAUAGGCAGCAGCAGCAGCAGCAGAGCCCUCGCAGCAGCAGCAGCAGCAACAGCGACAGCAGACAGAGCAGCAGGAGCCGGAGCGGCAGCACGGACUGCAGCAGCAACAGCAGCAGCAACGGCAGCAGCAGCAACGGCAAGGCUCUCUCCUUCUUAGUAGAUGGCAUGUUAUGCAUGCGCAGCACGAGGUGUACAGACAGCAGCAGAGCUGACGGUGGCUGCAGCAACAGCUGCUGCUUCUUUCCUGUUGCUGCUGCUAACAGCAGCAGCCGCAGCAGCAGCAGCAGCAGCUCCUCCCGUUGCGGCUUCCUUCUGUCUUUUAUUCGUUUGCGCUGCUGCAGCAGACAGGGAGCAGCAAACUCCUCGCUGCUGCUGUGGGGCAAGGCGCUGCUGCUGCUGCUUGCUGCUGCUGUAGUUGCUGCUGUGUCUCAGCUAGCCUUAGAAGCAGUUUCCAAGCAGCAGCAGCAGCAACUGCAGCAGCAACUGCAGCAGCAACUACAGCAGCAGCAGCAGCAGCAGCAGAUGCUGCCUAUGAAGGCAGCAGCACCCCAUCAGCAGCAGCAGCAGCAGCAGCAGCAGCCUGGAUACCAUCAUCAACAACAACAACAACAACAUCAACAGCAGCAACAGCAGCAGCAGCAGCAGCAGCAGCGGCAGCAGCAACAGCAGCAGCAGCAGCAGCAGCAGCAAUACAACGACCAUCAAGUUAUUGUGCUGCAGCACCUACCCAAGAAGCAGCAGCACAAAAAGAAGAAGAAGCAUGCAGCAGCAGCAGCAGCAGCAGCAGCAGCAGCAGGAAAAGACGGCAAAAUAAGAUCAGCAGCACCACCAUCCAUAGGAACAACAACAACAGCAGCAGCAACAGCAGCAACAGCAACAGCAGCAGCAGCAGCAGCAGCAGCAGCAGCAGCAGAUAAUUGUUGGUUAAAUAAUAUAUAUAUAUUUAUAUUAAGAAUUGAAUUAACAGAGAAAAGAGUUUUAGAUCUGCUGCUCCCUUCUCUCUAUUUGCUGCAGCGCAGCAGCAGCAGGACACCCCUGCAGCAGCAGCAGCAGCAGCAGCAGCACCAUCAGCAGCAACAACUGCAGCAAUUGCAGCAACUGCAGCAACUGCAGCAACUGCAGCAGCGUAAGCUGCACAGACAAGACUCUGAUGACGGACUACCAGUAGCUACAAGGCUCCCCUUUGGCUCAGCAGCAGCAGCAGCAGCAGCAGAAGCAGCAGCAGGAGAGGAGCAGCAACCUUUGUUAGAUGAUCAGCAACUGUGGGCAGCAAUCUGCCGCUGCUGCUUUGCUGAUACAGCAGCAGCAGCAGCAGCAGCAAACAGCAGAGGUGUGGGGUUUAGGAGGGCUCUGCGGUGUAUGUACACUGCAAGUACUGAUGAAGAGGAUGCAGCAGCACCUGCAGCAAAUGCUGCAGCAGCAGCAGCAGCAAACGCAACCAAGCUGUAA